GAGUGAGAGCGCGAGAGGAUCUGCAGCGUGUGUGUGUGGAGAGAGAGAGAGAGAGGAACACAUACACACACACACACAUACACACACACACACACACACACAGAAAACCAGAGAGAAAGGAAUACACACACACAGAUACUUACACAUACAGAGAGAGAGAGAGAGAGAGAGAGAGAGAGUAUGGAGUUCAGGACUCCUGAUAGAGAGACGUGGAGAAGUUAAUCAAGAAAGUAGUGGGGGUGUGUACAGUUAGGAACACACACACACACACACACACACACACACACACACACAGCAGCAGUGUGGGACUGAACUACUGAACAAAAACACAGGAUUCCAGCUGAGAGGUUCAGAGAUGCAGACGUUUGUGAAGGGGAAGAGAGUGGGCUUCUGGCUCAGUGAGAAGAAGAUCAAGAAGCUGAACUUCCAGGGUUUUGUGGACAUGUGCAGGAAGCGAGGCAUUGAGAUGGUUCAGCUGGAUCUGAGCAGACCCCUGGAGGAUCAGGGCCCGCUGGACGCCAUCAUCCACAAACUGACGGACCACAUCGUGGAAGCUGAUCAGAACGUGAUCGAGGCUCAGAGACUGGUCCAGAGCGUGCAGGAUUAUAUUGACACUCACCCGGAGACCGUCAUCCUGGAUCCUCUUCCUGGGAUCCGCACGCUACUUGACCGCUUCAGGUCCUACACACUGAUUCACAGAAUGGAGGAGUGUCUGCAGGAUAAGCGGAUCUGUUCUCCUCCAUUCCUGGUGCUUAGCAGUGGGUGUGGCCCUGACAUGUUAGAGCAGCUCCGCAAAAGAGACAUCACCUUCCCCUUCAUGUGCAAGACUCAGGUAGCGCAUGGUGUGAACUCUCAUGAGAUGGCCAUCAUCUUCAGUGAAGAAGACUUGAAGGACAUCACCCCCCCCUGUGUGCUGCAGAGCUUUAUCAACCACAAUGCCAUGCUCUACAAGGUGUUUGUGGUGGGAGAGGCGUACAGCGUAGUGGAGAGACCCUCCAUUAGGAACUUCCCCUCUGGACCUACAGACAGAAGAGCGAUAUCGUUUAACAGUCAUCAUGUGUCCAAGCCUGAGUCUUCAUCAGACCUCACCUCUGUGAGUCAAUCUCAGCAUCUCAGCUUUCUCUUAACCUGGAGGGAGAAUGUGGAGGGUCAGUGCAGGGCACCUAGUGAUGAUGUCAUCCAGAAGAUUUCCAGAUGUUUGAGACAGAUUCUCGGUGUGUCACUGUUUGGGAUCGACAUCAUCAUCAACAACCAGACAGGACAACACGCCAUCAUCGACAUCAAUGCCUUUCCAGGUUAUGAAGGAGUCCCAACGUUCUUCGAUGACCUGCUGACUCACCUGACCGGCGUCCUGCAGGGCCACGCCCCCGUCCGAGCCAACGGAGUGAGCCAGCUGCCCCUCGGAAUGCUGGGAAACGAGGGUGUUGCCUGGGUGAUGGACAGCGAGGCGAUGAAGAAGGGUCUGAACUGCUGCAACGCUGAACUGGGUUCCACAUACCACCAGCACCAGCGCUCUCCACUCACAGCCCACGCCCCCUCACAGUGACCCUGUUUAACCACUUCCUGCUCACUCACAUCACUUCCUGUUGUGCCUCUGUAUGUGUAAUGACCGAAGAUGUGUUGAUUUUUGUGUGAAGUUCGAAGAGGAAAAGAACAAAUCAACCUCAGAACCAAACCAAGUGAUUUAUAGCCGCUCUGCUCUUCCAAUAACUGGACUUUAUUCACCGUAACGUGUCUUACAGAUACAGGAGGAAACAAACACCAGGGAAUCGCACAAACUUACACAAAGCUGAGGAGCACAAAGCUCUGUUUCUACUACAGGUCUCUUAACACAAAGAGCUAGCUGAAGAGUCAACAACCACCACAACAACAACAACAACCACCACAACAAUAACAAGCACAACAACAACAAGCACAACAACAACAUCAACAACAAUCACAACCAAUCAGCUCAAAGGAUGCACUGGCUGUAACCAUGACAACACUCCCACUAGUACAGGCUAACUGUCCAUAUUGUUAGCAGCAAUAAUAAUAAACAUUAGGUGUAAUUUUCAUGGCCUCAUCCUCAUCACUUAUUAUCUCUCUACCAUCAUAAACAUAAAUAAAUCAUUGGACAUUCAUAUGAACACAACUGACCACGAGAAGGAGAAAACUUUACGGCUGCUGAGAUCCUUCUAUUUAUCUGUGUUUUAACUGGACUGAGAAUUUAAAGAGGACGCACCCAACCCUUACCUCAGAACACACGAUCUCCAUCAGCAGCUGCACCGGGAUCACCUGACUCCACCUUCUCAACAUGAUCCACUGCCUCGGUGAUCAAAAAACUUCACACGUUGACCGCUGUGACUAGCGCCAGUAGCAUUACUUAGCUAAGACGGAUUCUUUAUGCUAGCUGAUUCAUUCUCAGCACCGUUAUAAACCUACACGAAUCCUAUUUUAAUUUCUGUUUCUCUUUUUUUUUCUCUUUUGAUCACAAACCCCCAUAGCUGUGAUUAGCUAGAACUGAUUAGCAUGAACACGAAUUAGCGGCUAGCAGCAGAUUUAAGACACGCACAGUGUUGAAUGAGAGAAAUGUAGAUGUCCUUUAUUUCCUUUAAAGUUUUUAUGACCUUUAGGUGAAUACUUUUACUGGACAGUCAGGUUCAUAAGUAUUGGGACAGCAAUGCCAGUUCUGUGAUCUUGUUCAACACCACAGUCACACCACCACAUCUGACAUGAGCCACUCGCUCCAGAUGUUUCUCCGCCUCUUGAUCCAGAGGUGAGCUCAUGCAGUUGUUCUAGCAGUAGAACUUUAUUAGCAGCAGACGGUGUGACUGAUUACACUUCCUUACUUCAUGUCAGAUCCACUGUGGUGUGAUUGUAGUUGUGUACAGAGACUGUGUGUGUGUGUGUGUGUGAUUAGUAAAUGUAAAUAUGAAAAUAAGAUUUUCACUGAGAUUUAAACACUGGUGUAUUUUGUGUGUGUGUGUGUGUGUUUGUAUAUAAUGUACACACUGUGUGUAUUUGUCUAUAUGUUUUUGUGCCACAUUUCAACAGAGAAGAUAUUUUGGUGUUAUAUUGUGUAAUGGAAUGAAACGGGUGCAGAAUAAACACUAACACUGAACACCUGCACUGUGAAAGUCUCAGUGCUCCAUCCUUCCAUCCCUCCAUUCUUUCAAUUCUCUCUUGGUCACUUUAAUAAGUUCUGAGCUGCUGUUAGUUCUGGAGGAGGU